UUCAGACUGAAAAAGUUCUGUGAAUGGGGGAACCAGCAAGAAGGUAACACCAUGGAUGUAGCUGCAAUGUGGGUGUAUUCCUUUCUUUUUCUGGCUACUAUUGAUGUGGCUCACCACCAGACCACAACAGAACUAACUGGAUCCUCUACAACUAGUUCAGCCAUUCAGUCUUCAUCCAGUUCUGAAGCAACCAACACAACACUAUUAACAGCUAUAGAGAGCUCCACUCCAUCGACGACUGAAUUAACAACUACAGCUACAAUAAACACUACAACAGGGCCUAUUACAACUCCUCCUGUGACUACAGCUUCAUCAGCAUUACCAACCACUUCAGAGACAACAAGCACAUCUACACCAGCCUCAACAACACAGAGCUUGACUCCAGAUCUAACAAGUGAAUCAAGUACACUGAUAACAACUGCUCCAAGCUCCACACCAGAGCUCUCUACAACAGGGCCUAUUACAACUCCUCCUGCUACCUCAACUUCUACAGCAUUACCAACCAUUUCAGAGACAACAAGCACAUCAACACCAGCCUCAACAACACAGCACCUGACUGCACAACUAACAAGUGAAUCAAGUACACUGGCAACAACGGUUACCAGCUUGACACUGGAGCUCUCAACAACAGGGCCAAUUACAACUCCUCCUCCUACUACAACUUCAACAGCAUUACCAACCACUUCAGAGACAACAAGCACAUCGACACCAGCCUCAACAACACAGAGUUCGACCACAGAUCGAACAAGUGAAUCAAGUACACUGAUAACAACUGCUCCAAGCUCCACACCAGAGCUCUCUACAACAGGGCCUGUUACAACUCCUCCUGCUACUACAACUUCUACAGCAUUACCAACCAUUUCAGAGACAACAAGCAUAUCUACACCAGCCUCAACAACACAGCACUUGAGUGCAAAACUAACAAGUGAAUCAAGUACACUGGCAACAACGGUUACCAGCUUGACACUGGAGCUCUCAACAAUAGGGCCAAUUACAACUCCUCCUCCUACUACAACUUCAACAGCAUUACCAACCACUUCAGAGACAACAAGCACAUCGACACCAGCCUCAACAACACAGAGUUCGACCACAGAUCGAACAAGUGAAUCAAGUACACUGAUAACAACUGCUCCAAGCUCCACACAAGAGCUCUCAACAACAGGGCCAAUUACAACUGCUCUUCCUACUACAACUUCAACAGCAUUACCAAUCACUGCAGAGACAACAAGCACAUCGACACCAGCCUCAACAACACAGAGUUCGACCACAGAUCGAACAAGUGAAUCAAGUACACUGAUAACAACUGCUCAAAGCUCCACAUCAGAGCUCUCAACAACAGGGCCAAUUACAACUCCUCCUCCUACUACAACUUCAACAGCAUUACCAACCACUUCAGAGACAACAAGCACAUCGAAACCAGCCUCAACAACACAGAGUUCAACCACAGAUCUAACAAGUGAAUCAAGUACACUGAUAACAACUGCUCCAAGCUCCACAUCAGAGCUGUCAACAACAGGGCCUAUUACAGUUUCUCCUCCUACUACAACUUCAACAGCAUUACCAACCACUUCAGAGACAACAAGCACAUCGACACCAGCCUCAACAACACAGAGUUCGACCACAGAUCGAACAAGUGAAUCAAGUACACUGAUAACAACUGCUCCAAGCUCCACACCAGAGCUCUCGACCACAGAGCCAGUUACAACUCCUCCUCCUACUACAACUUCAACAGCCUUACCAACCACUGCAGAGACAGCAAGCACAUCGACAUCAGCCUCAACAACACAGAGUUUGACCACAGAUCGAACAAGUGAAUCAAGUACACUGAUAACAACUGCUCCAAGCUCCACACCAGAGCUCUCGACCACAGAGCCAGUUACAACUCCUCCUCCUACUACAACUUCAACAGCCUUACCAACCACUGCAGAGACAGCAAGCACAUCGACAUCAGCCUCAACAACACAGAGUUUGACCACAGAUCGAACAAGUGAAUCAAGUACACUGAUAACAACUGCUCCAAGCUCCACACCAGAGCUCUCUACCACAGAGCCAGUUACAACUCCUCCUCCUACUACAACUUCAACAGCCUUACCAACCACUGCAGAGACAGCAAGCACAUCGACAUCAGCCUCAACAACACAGAGUUUGACCACAGAUCGAACAAGUGAAUCAAGUACACUGAUAACAACUGCUCCAAGCUCCACACCAGAGCUCUCGACCACAGAGCCAGUUACAACUCCUCCUCCUACUACAACUUCAACAGCCUUACCAACCACUGCAGAGACAGCAAGCACAUCGACAUCAGCCUCAACAACACAGAGUUUGACCACAGAUCGAACAAGUGAAUCAAGUACACUGAUAACAACUGCUCCAAGCUCCACACCAGAGCUCUCGACCACAGAGCCAGUUACAACUCCUCCUCCUACUACAACUUCAACAGCCUUACCAACCACUGCAGCGACAGCAAGCACUUCGACAUCAGCCUCAACAACACAGAGUUUGACCACAGAUCGAACAAGUGAAUCAAGUACACUGAUAACAACUGCUCCAAGCUCCACACCAGAGCUCUCAACAACAGGGCCAAUUACAACUCCUCCUCCUACUACAACUUCAACAGCAUUACCAACCACUUCAGAGACAACAAGCACAUCAACACCAGCCUCAACAACACAGAGUUUGACCACAGAUCGAACAAGUGAAUCAAGUACACUGAUACCAACUGCUCCAAGCUCCACACCAGAGCUCUCAACAACAGGGCCAAUUACAACUCCUCCUCCUACUACAACUUCAACAGCAUUACCAACCACUUCAGAGACAACAAGCACAUCAACACCAGCCUCAACAACACAGAGUUUGACCACAGAUCGAACAAGUGAAUCAAGUACACUGAUACCAACUGCUCCAAGCUCCACACCAGAGCUCUCAACAACAGGGCCAAUUACAACUCCUCCUCCUACUACAACUUCAACAGCAUUACCAACCACUUCAGAGACAACAAGCACAUCAACACCAGCCUCAACAACACAGAGUUUGACCACAGAUCGAACAAGUGAAUCAAGUACACUGAUACCAACUGCUCCAAGCUCCACACCAGAGCUCUCAACAACAGGGCCAAUUACAACUCCUCCUCCUACUACAACUUCAACAGCAUUACCAACCACUUCAGAGACAACAAGCACAUCAACACCAGCCUCAACAACACAGAGUUUGACCACAGAUCGAACAAGUGAAUCAAGUACACUGAUACCAACUGCUCCAAGCUCCACACCAGAGCUCUCAACAACAGGGCCAAUUACAACUCCUCCUCCUACUACAACUUCAACAGCAUUACCAACCACUUCAGAGACAACAAGCACAUCAACACCAGCCUCAACAACACAGAGUUUGACCACAGAUCGAACAAGUGAAUCAAGUACACUGAUACCAACUGCUCCAAGCUCCACACCAGAGCUCUCAACAACAGGGCCAAUUACAACUCCUCCUCCUACUACAACUUCAACAGCAUUACCAACCACUUCAGAGACAACAAGCACAUCAACACCAGCCUCAACAACACAGAGUUUGACCACAGAUCGAACAAGUGAAUCAAGUACACUGAUACCAACUGCUCCAAGCUCCACACCAGAGCUCUCAACAACAGGGCCAAUUACAACUCCUCCUCCUACUACAACUUCAACAGCAUUACCAACCACUUCAGAGACAACAAGCACAUCAACACCAGCCUCAACAACACAGAGUUUGACCACAGAUCGAACAAGUGAAUCAAGUACACUGAUACCAACUGCUCCAAGCUCCACACCAGAGCUCUCAACAACAGGGCCAAUUACAACUCCUCCUCCUACUACAACUUCAACAGCAUUACCAAUCACUGCAGAUACAACAAGCACAUCGAAACCAGCCUCAACAACACAGAGUUCAACCACAGAUCUAACACGUGAAUCAAGUACACUGAUAACAACUGCUCCAAGCUCCACACCAGAGCUCUCAACAAUAGGGCCAAUUACAACUCCUCCUCCUACUACAACUUCAACAGCAUUACCAAUCACUGCAGAGACAACAAGCACAUCGACACCAGCCUCAACAACACAGAGUUCAACCACAGAUCUAACAAGUGAAUCAAGUACACUGAUAACAACUGCUCCAAGCUCCACAUCAGAGCUCUCAACAAUAGGGCCAGUUUCAACUCCUCCUACGACUACAACUUCAACAGCAUUACCAACCACUGCAGAGACAACAAGCACAUCGAUACCAGCCUCAACAACACAGAGUUCAACCACAGAUCUAACAAGUGAAUCAAGUACACUGAUAACAACUGCUCCAAGCUCCACAGCAGAGCUCUCUACAGAAGGGCCAAUUACAACUCCUGCUCCUACUACAACUUCAACCGCAUUACCAACCACUGCAGAGACAACAAGCACAUCGACACCAGCGUCAACAACACAGAGUUCGACCACAGAUCUAACAACUGAAUCAAGUACACUGAUAACAACUGCUCCAAGCUCCACACCAGAGCUCUCAACAACAGAGCCAAUUACAACUCCUCCUCCUACUACAACUUCAACAGCAUUACCAACCACUUCAGAGACAACAAGCACAUCGACACCAGCCUCAACAACACAGAGUUCGACCACAGAUCGAACAAGUGAAUCAAGUACACUGAUAACAACUGCUCCAAGCUCCACACCAGAGCUCUCAACAACAGGGCCAAUUACAACUCCUCUUCCUACUACAACUUCAACAGCAUUACCAACCACUGCAGAGACAACAAGCACAUCGAUACCAGCCUCAACAACACAGAGUUCAACCACAGAUCGAACAAGUGAAUCAAGUGCACUGAUAACAACUGCUCCAAGCUCCACAUCAGAGCUCUCUACAGAAGGGCCUAUUACAACUCCUGCUCCUACUACAACUUCAACAACAUUACUGAUCACUGCAGAGACAACAAGCACAUCGAAACCAGCCUCAACAACACAGAGUUCAACCACAGAUCUAACAAGUGAAUCAAGUACACUGAUAACAACUGCUCCAAGCUCCACAUCAGAGCUCUCUAAAACAGCUGAUGCUAUUACAACUAGUCCCGAUACUUUAACAUCAAUUCAGUCACCGACUACGAUACCAUUCACAUCUGAGACAAGCAUACCAACAACAGCCGAAACCACAGAGAGCUCGACUACACAUCUAACAACAGAAACAACACCAUUUUCAUCUUCUACCAGUUUCACAACCCUGAGUGGUGAUAUCGAUGAAUGUGCAACCAACACAUCAAACUGUCAGCAAAUCUGCAACAACACAAUCGGAAGCUUCAUGUGCAGUUGUAAUCCGGGAUUCAGUAUCAACGUCACCAAUACUGCACUCUGUGAUGACAUCGACGAAUGUGCAACCAACACAUCAAACUGUCAGCAAAUCUGCAACAACACAAUCGGAAGCUUCAUGUGCGGUUGUAAGCCUGGCUUCAGCAUCAACGUCACCAAUAAUUCACUUUGUGAUGACAUCGACGAAUGUGCAACCAACACAUCAAACUGUCAGCAAAUCUGCAACAACACAAUCGGAAGCUUCAUGUGCGGUUGUAAGCCUGGCUUCAGCAUCAACGUCACCAAUAAUUCACUUUGUGAUGACAUCGACGAAUGUGCAACCAACACAUCAAACUGUCAGCAAAUCUGCAACAACACAAUCGGAAGCUUCAUGUGCGGUUGUAAGCCUGGCUUCAGCAUCAACGUCACCAAUAAUUCACUUUGUGAUGACAUCGACGAAUGUGCAACCAACACAUCAAACUGUCAGCAAAUCUGCAACAACACAAUCGGAAGCUUCAUGUGCGGUUGUAAGCCUGGCUUCAGCAUCAACGUCACCAAUAAUUCACUUUGUGAUGACAUCGACGAAUGUGCAACCAACACAUCAAACUGUCAGCAAAUCUGCAACAACACAAUCGGAAGCUUCAUGUGCGGUUGUAAGCCUGGCUUCAGCAUCAACGUCACCAAUAAUUCACUUUGUGAUGCACAACGUAAAGUUAUCCUGCGAUAUACAGUCACAAGUGGGGAUCUGAACUUGGGUCUUCAACAUGUAAGAGACAAGAUUAUUGAAAAGCUGCAACAUGAAGCUCUUCGGAUUCUUGGGAUAAAGAAAAGCGGGGAAUUAUAAACAGAAGAAGCACAGAACAGAGAAAAAUUUUCAUCUUAGUGAAAUUUAUAAUGCAUAAUAUAAUGAUUGAUACCUCAAGUGGAAUGAUAGUGUAUAAUAUUCAUUAUUCUAAAAUAAAAGAACUUAACAGUUUGUUUAUUUAAAUCCUGUUCCUAUUACGGCCUAUGCCUUUAUUCUUUUUUUCCUAUUAUACAGUUUGUGUAGAAAUUGUGCCAUAAUAGAUGGGCUGAUACUUCGAUCUUAUAUGCAACUGAUUAAAAUGUUAUAUCAUAAUUUAACUAAACUUAGAGCCGAAAUAUUUGAAGGCUGCUCCAAAAUGUUUCAGCGCAGGUACCCAGAAAGACAAGGACAAGCUAUAAUUGCAAUUGAAUUAUAGGUUCCUCCUAAAUGCAACUUACCUGCCAUUUGCAUUUAUGCCUGGAUUUAAUAAAUUUUCUGGGAUAAAACAAUACAAAUCUAAAGAAUUAUUACUUUAUUCAGCAAUAUUGAGAAAUAUUUAAAGAAUUCUUCUGGCGAUUUCAUUGAUCCUACUGGAGUUGGAGCAUUUUAAAUUUCAAGGUCUAACUAAAAGCUUCUAGGCAAAUUGUACCUUGAAAGUUAUUUCUCAUAAAAUUGUCAUACCUAUUCAUAAAGUGAACAAUUCCAAUGAUUGGUUUGCAUUUGAUUCAUUGCAUUGAAACAUUUCUUUGAAAUCACACUCCGAGUUUUAGCUGCUGACAGUUCAUACAGUAUAUUGUAUAUGCUCAGAAAUUGUACAAUUCACUCUGUGCUCUGAGUACUGCUGGAACAUGAUCAUAUAAUAGAUAAAAAAUAAAUUAUUGUGACUUAGUAGAAUAAUAAAUGGAACAUUUUGUACUAGCAAAAAUAGAGUGGAUUGUAUAUAGCUGAUAUUACAUUUUUUAUGCUAAAAGGUUCUAAAGAAAAAUUGCCAAUGAUUGUUUCAACAUUUUUGGAUUCAAUACCUAAACUAAUUAUAGUUGAUGAUGGCCUAAAUGAAAACAAAACAGGUUUAUUUGCUUCAAUAUCAACAUUCUUCUGUAUCAUGAUUUACAAAAGUAUUUCACUUCUCUAGAAUUCAAAGAGUAUGCUUCAGAUACUUGGAAGACAGUGUCAAUGUUAAUACAUGGAUUGGAGUGGUGGCACAGGGCAGAUAAAUCAGAAAAUAAAUCAAUUACAUGAUUGAUUUUGUACUGACCACAGUAAAUAACAAUGGUAUAAUACUGGUGGCUUUUAAACAUUUCUACUUUUGCUUCACACACUCUUAUGUAAAAAACAUAUAAAAUUAUAA